GACUCUGAAACAUCUAAGCCUGUUUCUAAAUCUAGCAACGAAAUGUGGUUGCGGUGGACAAAAUAUGCGUGCCUAUCCGCUCUCACUGCACUUCUCUUCUUAUCCUCUCUCCUUCCACGCUACUGCUGCUUCAAAUUUUUCUACAAAAUUUUUCCUCACUUCUUCGAUUCCCAAGACCUCUGUUUAUUCCAAUCUUCUUCUCUGCCAAGUCAAAGCGAAACCCAGUAAUUGUUCUAACAAUGAUUACAGUUUAUUAGAUACCGAUGAUGAUGAUGAUGAUUAUGUUUUGGUAGAUGAGGGCUCAGAAUCGCUAUCUGGGGAUGGUGUACAUAUCGAGAUAAAGAAGCUUGGGAGAAAUUCGCGGCGAAUUCGGUCAAAAAUUGAAAUAGCUGCAAGUCUCGACACUGUGUGGAAUAUAUUGACAGAUUACGAGAAAUUGGUUGACUUAAUUCCUGGUCUUGCUGUCAGUGAAUUGGUUGAAAAGAAAGACAACUUUGCUCGUCUUUAUCAGAUUGGACAGCAAAAUUUGCCAUUUGGGCUGAAAUUCAAUGCCAAAGGAGUUUUGGAUUGCUAUGAGAAGCAUCUUGAGAAUCUUCCCUCUGGGAAAAAACGUGACAUUGAAUUUAAGAUGAUUGAAGGUGACUUUCAAUUUUUUGAAGGAAAGUGGUCUCUUGAGCAGUGCAGUGGAGGAAAAAGCAAAGAGAGUAGUUCCUCAUCAGGUCAAGAACUUCAGACUACUCUCUCAUAUUUAGUUGAUGUAAAGCCAAAGCUCUGGUUGCCUGUUCGCUUAGUCGAAGGCAGACUCUGCAAUGAGAUAAAAAGUAAUCUUACAUGCAUCCGGGAAGCAGCACAGAAAGUGAUUAACGAGGCUCUGAAUGCUCAUUAAUCUUAUUGGCUUAUUGCCCAGAUAACACUGACAUCUUAGUUUAAUAAUGGAAACAAUAAUGUGAUUUGAUUGCUAGUCAAAGCUCUGCCUCGGGUAUAAUAUAUUCUGGAUUCAGUUGUUUGAAAAUUGAGAAUGAUAAGAAAGGGAUUCUAGUGAGUCCUUUCUUUUUUCAAACAAAAAAUAGUAAUGUUUUUGGUUAUCUUUGGACAAGCAUAUAGUUUUGUAUGGUGUCAAUUGAUUACGGAUGAAAUACUUGAAUUAUAUUAUGGGGAAUCAUUAAAGAUUCAAAUUUCAAAGUAA